GUGCAUGUGUGUUAGGUUAAAGACUUUUUUAAUUGUUCGCAGUAAUUUUAAUUAUUUGCUUGUUUAGUUUACGUGACAUGGCUAUUAAAUAAAAACGAUAUGUGAGUGAAACAAUAUACAUUUAUCUAAAAAUGAAAUAACAAACUUUGUUUGUAAUCAUCAUCAAUAUUAUUAAAUGCCCUUAGAUACUCUGGCUCAAUGUUAACCGCCGCAGGAGUUGUUACCUUAAUUAUAAUGAUAAUAGGGAUAUUGGGCAACCUGUUAACCCUCGGGGCUCUGAUAAGGCACCCCAAACUCAGGACUGUAGCGGCUGCCUUUAUUGCAAGUUUAUGCAUUUCGGAUCUAAUGUUCUGCAUAUUGGCGCUGCCUUUCUCGGCCAGUCAAUUCUUCCACGGGGACUGGGUGCACGGCGAGACCCUGUGCAAAAUGGUACCUCUCCUGAGGUACGCCAGCGUCGGGGUGUCUCUAUUGAGCAUCGGUUCCAUAUCGGUGAACCGGUACAUCCUCAUCGCCUGGCCGCAUUUGUACCAAUCCGUCUACACCAAAUUCAAAGUGGUAAUGUACAUCAGUGUCAUAUGGCUGUUCAGCUACGGGCUGCAAAUACCCACGUUGCUGGGCAAAUGGGGGACGUUCGGGAAAGACAGCAAGCUCGGAACGUGCUCGAUCAACCCCGACGAAAACGGCCACAGCUCCAAGACCGCGUUGUUCGUAAUAGGCUUCGCUCUGCCUUGCAUCGUAAUCGUCGUUUGCUACGUGAAGAUCUACAUGGUGGUGCGGAAAUCCCACCAGAAGAUGCAACAGCACACGUCGAUGGGCAACAAAUACAAGCGAAGCGAAAUGAAAAUCACCAAGAUGGUUUUGGUGAUAUUCAUAUGCUUCAUCGUCUGUUAUUUGCCCAUCACUUUGGUGAAAAUAUUCGAUAACGAUGUGAAUCACGCGCCGCUACACGUCUUGGGCUACCUGCUGAUUUAUUCGUCGAGCUGCGUUAACCCGCUGGUUUAUGUUACCAUGAACAAGCAGUACAGGGUGGCGUACAGGGAUACGUUGAAAUGUAAAUAUAACAGUAAUUUAGAUUCUCAACAGACGCAACCGGAGCCGAGCAAGAGCCACAUGGCUAUAUCGUUUUUAAAAAAUACGGCACAAGCGCCUAUUAAGGUGUAG